AUGGGCCUCGUGGGGCCUGGGCGCGCCUGGCUCGUCCGCUUCGCCCUGUGCCUGCUGCGGCCGCUGCCGGCCUCCGCCGAGCCCCGGCAGGUCUUCCAGGUGCUGGAGGAGCAGCCGGCCGGCACCUGGGUGGGCACCGUCGCCACCCGGCCGGGCUUCACGUACCGCUUGAGCGAGCUCCACGCGCUCUUCUCCCUCAACGCCACCUCGGGGGACGUGCGCACCCGCGCCCCCAUCGACCGGGAGGGCUUGGCCAGCGCCGUGGUGGACCUGGUGGUGCUCUCCAGCCAGCCGACCUACCCCAGCGAGGUGCGCGUGGUGGUGCGGGACCUGAACGACAACGCGCCCGUCUUCCCAGAGCCCUCCGUCGGGGUGACUUUCAAGGAGGACACCGGGAGCGGCCGGCAGCUCAUCCUGGACACGGCGACGGACGCGGACAGCGGCACCAACGGCGUGGACCACGGCUCCUAUCGCAUCGUGGGCGGCAACGACGAGGGCCGCUUCCGACUCAACAUCACUCUCAACCCUAGCGGGGAAGGCGCUUUCCUGCACUUGGUCUCUCGGGGUGGGCUGGACAGAGAGGCCACCCCCGCCUACCAGCUGCUGGUGCAGGUGGAAGAUAAAGGGGAGCCGCGGCGGCGUGGAUACUUACAAGUCAAUGUCACCGUGCAGGAUAUCAACGACAACCCGCCGGUCUUCAGCCAAACCCUCUACCAAGCUCGCGUACCUGAGGAUGCACCUGUCGGAGCCAGCGUCCUACAGGUGACGGCCGCGGAUGCCGACGAGGGCACCAAUGCUGACAUCCGCUACCGCUUGGAAGGGGUGGAGGGUGCUGGUGGGGACGGAGCCGGGGUGCUUCCCUUUGAGGUGGACCCGGAGAGUGGGGUCAUCCGCAUCCGGGAAGCGCUGGACUAUGAGUCGCGGCGGCAGUACUCCCUGACCGUUCAGGCUACGGACCGGGGAGUGCCAGCUUUGAGUGGUCGUGCCGAGGCUCUGAUCCGCCUGCUUGAUGUGAACGACAACGAGCCCCGGGUGAAAUUUCGCUAUUUCCCAGCCACCUCCCGCUUUGCCUCAGUAGAUGAGAACGCGGCACCUGGCACCGUUGUGGCGCUGCUGACUGUGAGCGAUGCUGACUCACCAGCUGCCAAUGGGAAUAUCUCAGUAUCCAUCUUGGGUGGGAAUGAGCAGCGUCACUUUGAGGUGCAGAGCAGCAAAGUCCCCAACCUUAGCCUUAUCAAAGUGGCUGCUGCUCUUGACCGGGAACGCAUACCCACCUACAACCUCACUGUGGCUGUGACUGACAACUCUGGGGCCCCUCCACCGUUACCGUCACCCCCUUCUUCCCUGAGCCCUGAAGGAGCCACUGCUGUCCCAGUGAGCCGCUCCUCUGUGGCUAGUCUGGUGAUCUUUGUGAAUGACAUCAAUGACCACCCACCUGUCUUUGGGCAGUCAGUGUACCAAGUGAAUAUCAGUGAAGAGGUGCCACCUGGCAGCUAUGUACAAGGCCUGAGUGCUACUGAUCGUGACUCUGGUCUCAAUGCCAACCUCAAGUACAACAUAGUUUCUGGGAACGAGCUUGGCUGGUUCUGUAUUAGUGAGCACAGUGGCCUGGUCACCACCACGACCCCCAAUACUAUUGUGGCUAGACCUCCCCUUGGUGUUUCUAGCACCAUCAUGGCAGCAUCUGGAGGGCUGGACAGGGAACUAGCUUCACAGGUGGUGCUGAACAUCAGUGCCCGUGACCAAGGUGUGCAACCCAAGAUUUCCUACGCCCAGCUAAUAGUGAAUAUCCUGGAUGUUAAUGAUGAGAGGCCCCAGUUUAGCCAGCCAGAUGGCUACCAUGUAUCUGUGGCAGAGAAUUCCCCUUCAGGAACUGAGCUGUUAGUUCUCACUGCUGAUGAUGGAGAUUUAGGAGACAAUGGGACUGUGCGCUUCUCCUUGCAAGAAACAGAGCCAGGGAAGUUGGGAGCUGGUCCUUUGGUAGCCCCUUGGAAAGUGUUUCGCUUGGAUCCUGUAUCAGGCCGACUUAGUACAAUCUCACAGUUAGACAGGGAAGAGCAGGAUCACUACUUGUUACAGGUCCUGGCCACUGACCUGGGCUCUCCUCCCCUCUCCUCAGUGGCUCAUGUCAAUGUGAGCCUACUCGAUGUGAACGAUAACAGCCCCGUAUUCUAUCCUGUUCAAUACUUUGCCCAAAUCCAAGAAAAUGAACCUGCAGGUAGUUAUGUUGCCACUGUGUCUGCCAGUGACCCAGAUCUUGGGGUCAAUGGGACAGUGAAAUACAGCAUCUCAGCAGGAGACAUCUCCAGGUUUCAAAUCCAUAGUCAGAAAGGAGUUAUCACCACCAAAACUGUCCUUGAUAGAGAGGAGAAGACUGCUUACCAGCUCCAAGUAGUGGCCAGUGAUGGUGGCAACCUUCAGUCCCAAAACCAAGCAAUAGUCACUGUCACUGUCUUGGACACUCAGGAUAAUCCCCCAGUAUUUAGCCAGGCUACAUACAGCUUUGUGGUCUUUGAAAAUGUUGCCCCUGGUUAUCAUGUAGGUAGCGUUUCUGCUUCCACUAUGGAUCUCGAUACUGACAUCACAUACCUUAUCACAACAGGGGAUCAAAGGGGUGUUUUUCAAAUUAACAAAAUGACUGGUCUGAUCGCCACAGCUAGUAUUAUUGAUAGGGAAGAGCAAGACUUUUACCAGCUAAAAGUAGUGGCCAGUGCUGGAGCCAUAACUGGGGAUGCUUUGGUCAACAUACAUGUCAGGGAUUUAAAUGACAAUUCCCCCCACUUCCUUCAUGCAGUGGAAAGUGUAAAUGUGGUUGAGAACUGGAGCACUGGGCACACCAUAUUCCAAGCCAAAGCUGUUGACCCUGAUGAAGGGAUCAAUGGGAUGGUCCAUUACAGCCUGAAGCACAAUCCAAAGGACCUGUUUCAUAUUAGUGAGGAAAGCGGUGCCAUAUGUUUAACUGGGCCGCUCGACAUAAAUGCUGGGUCUUACCAAGUGGAGGUUUUGGCCUCUGAUUUGGGAGUGCCACAGCGCUCCUCUGGUUUCAUUUUAACGGUGUCUGUUCAUGAUGUAAAUGACAAUCCACCAGUGUUUGACCAGCUUUCCUAUGAAGUCACAAUUUCCGAACUGGAGCCUGUGAAUUCCCGAUUUUUUUAUGUACAUGCUUCUGACAAAGAUUCAGGCACAAACGGGGAAAUAGCUUAUGCCAUAAUUGAAGGAAAUGCUGGGGAUGCCUUUGGCAUUUUCCCAGAUGGUCAGCUGUAUAUAAAGAGUGAGCUGGACCGUGAACUUCAGGAAAGAUUCACACUACUGGUUGCGGCUUCUGACAGAGCAGUAGAACCGCUCAGUGCCACAGUGAAUGUCACUGUAAUUCUAGAAGAUGUAAAUGAUAACAGGCCCUUGUUUAAUAGUACCAAUUAUGUUUUCUAUUAUGAGGAGGAGCAGAGUGGGGGAUCAUUUGUCGGUAAAAUAUGCGCUGUUGACAAAGACUCGGGCUCUAACGGUGAAGUCAGAUACUCAUUUGAACACAUGCAGCCUGAUUUUGAGUUGGAUGCAAUAAGUGGGGAAAUAAAAAGUACUCAUCAGCUGGACAGGGAAUCCCUUAUGAGGCAGAGGGGAGCGGCGGUGUUUACGUUUACAGUUAUUGCAAUGGAUCAGGGUUUGCCAAAGCCUUUAAGGGAUCAGGCGACUGUGCAAGUUUACUUGAAGGAUAUAAAUGACAACGUGCCAAAGUUUUUAAAAGAACUUUAUCAAGCUACUAUAUCAGAACUGGCUGCAAACUUGACACAGGUUUUAAGAGUUUCUGCCUCGGAUGUUGAUGAAGGAAAUAACGGAUUGAUCCAUUAUUCUGUAAUGAAGGGAAAUGAAGAAAACCAGUUUACAAUAGACAGUGACACUGGACAGGUGACUUUGAUAGGCAAACUGGACCAUGAGGCUACUGCAUCCUACUCUCUUCUUAUCCAAGCAGUAGAUGCUGGGGCAGUUUCCCUAAGCUCAGUUUGUACAUUGAACAUUAAUGUACUGGAUGAAAAUGACAACAGUCCUUCCUUCCCUAAAUCAACCCUGUUUGUUGAUGUCUUGGAAAACAUGAGAAUUGGGGAACUUGUCUCUUCUGUCACUGCCACUGAUUCGGAUGCAGGUGACAAUGCUGAUCUUCAUUACAGUAUCACUGGAACAAAUAAUCAUGGAACGUUUAGCAUCAGUCCUAACACUGGCAGUAUUUUCCUUGCAAAAAAGUUAGAUUUUGAAACACAGUCCAUAUAUAAACUAAACAUAACAGCAAAAGACAAAGGAAGGCCCCCACAGUCGUCUACUAUGUCAAUUGUAAUAUAUGUUAGGGAUUAUAAUGACAACCCUCCUACAUUUCCACCUGGGGACAUUUUUAAAUCGAUUGUUGAAAACAUUCCUGUUGGGAGCUCUGUCAUUUCUGUAACUGCUCAUGAUCCAGAUGCAGAUAUCAACGGGCAGUUAACAUACACAAUCAUUCAGCAGAUGCCAAGAGGGAACCAUUUCCAUAUAGAUGAAAUCAAAGGAACAAUAUAUACUAAUGCUGAAAUAGACCGUGAAUUUGCGAAUCUCUUUGAGUUAACAGUGAAAGCCACUGAUCAGGCUGUCCCUGUAGAGUCCCGAAGAUUUGCUUUGAAGAAUGUGACCAUUCUGGUAACUGACCAGAAUGACAAUGUUCCAACUUUUGUAUCACAAAAUGCUCUUGCAGCAGACCCCUCGGCAGUGAUUGGUACAGUCCUGACUACUAUUGUCGCUGCUGAUCCUGAUGAAGGAGCUAAUGGGGAGGUUGAAUAUGAAAUAAUUAAUGGGGACACGGACACCUUUAUUGUGGAUCGCUACAGUGGAGAUCUGAGAGUGACAUCGGCCUUAGUACCUUCUCAGCUUAUGUAUAGCUUUAUAGUUGCAGCCACGGAUCUGGGCCCUGAGAGAAGAAAAUCGACUACCGAAAUGACUGUGAUUCUCCAGGGACUUGAUGGACCUGUUUUUACUCAGCCAAAAUAUAUUACUAUUUUAAAAGAAGGCGAACCUAUUGGGACAGAUGUGAUAUCCAUAGUGGCAGCCAGUCCUCGGGGGACUGAAGCUCUUGUGGAGUAUUUCAUAGUCUCAGUGCGUUGCGAGGACAAAAUGUUUGGUCGACUUUUUACCAUUGGGCGCCAUACUGGUGUGAUCCAGACUGCUGCUAUUUUGGACAGGGAGCAGGGAGCACGCUUGUACCUGGUGGACGUUUACGCCACGGAAAAAUCUGCUUCUUUGCCACGAACCCAGAGAGCUGAGGUGGAAAUAACUCUUCAAGAUGUGAAUGACAACCCACCAGUGUUUCCUACAGAUAUGCUUGAUUUGACUGUAGAAGAAAAUGUAGGAGAUGGAUCUAAAAUAAUGCAGCUGACAGCCAUGGAUGCUGAUGAGGGUGCAAAUGCACUAGUCACUUAUACUAUCAUCAGUGGGGCAGACGACAGCUUCCAUAUCGAUCCCGAAUCAGGAGAGUUGAUAGCCACCAAGCGUUUGGACAGGGAACGUCGUUCCAAAUAUUCUCUGCUGGUUCGUGCUGAUGAUGGCUUACAGUCUUCAGAUAUGAGAAUCAACAUUACCAUUAGUGAUGUUAAUGAUCAUAUACCCACUUUCUCCAAACCUUGGUAUUCUUUUGACAUACCAGAGGAUACUACUCCAGGUUCUUUAGUGGCAGCCAUCUUAGCAACUGAUGAAGAUUCAGGUGUGAAUGGAGAAAUCACUUACACUGUGAGUGAAGACGAUGGAGAUGGAACAUUUUUCCUGAAUCCAGUCACUGGAGUUUUCAACCUGACUUGUAUGUUGGACUAUGAAGUGCAGCAGUAUUACAUACUUACAGUUCGGGCAGAAGAUGGAGGUGGACAAUUCACAUCUGACAGGGUUUAUUUCAACAUACUAGAUGUAAAUGAUAAUCCACCAGUAUUCAACAUGGCUUCAUACAGCACAUCUCUGAUGGAAAACCUGCCUCCAGGUUCUACCAUCCUUAUUUUCAACGUUACUGAUACAGACGAUGGUUCUAAUUCACAAUUGUCGUACAGUAUUACUUCUGGAGAUAGCCUGGGCCAAUUUAAUAUUGACAGCAGUGGAGUUUUAAGCAUCAAGAAGCCCCUGGACCGUGAAAGCCAGUCUUUCUACAGCCUUGUUGUUCAAGUUCAUGAUAUGGCUGCUCUUCCAGCCUCCAGAUACACAAGCACAGCCCAAGUAUCUAUUAUUCUUCUUGAUGUGAAUGAUAACCCUCCAAGCUUUAUUUCUCCUAAGCUAACCUAUAUCCCGGAGAAUACACCUAUUGACACCAUUGUAUUCAAAGCCCAAGCAACUGACCCAGACAGUGGUCCAAAUAGCUACAUUGAGUACAAUCUCCUAAAUCAUUUGGAAAACAAAUUCACCAUUGGUACUAUUGAUGGAGAAGUAAGACUCACUGGAGAACUUGACAGAGAAACCGUUUCUAAUUAUACCUUGACCGUAAUUGCUACAGACAAAGGACAGCCAUCUCUUUCUUCAUCUACUGAUGUAAUUGUGAUAGUCCUUGACAUUAAUGAUAAUAACCCCGUCUUUGCUCAAAAAUUAUACAACAUUGAGAUUGUGGAAAAUACUCUAACAGGGACAGAUGUGGUACAGGUAUUUGCGGAAGAUGGGGAUGAGGGUUCCAAUGGACAAGUUCGCUAUGCCAUCAUCAGUGGAAAUAAUAAUAAUGAGUUUCGGAUUGACUCUGUCACUGGGGUAAUAACAGUAGCUAAACCUUUGGACCGUGAAAAAAAGUCUUCCUAUUCAUUAACUGUCCAGUCAGCUGAUCGUGGAAGCAGCCCACGGAUUGAUACCACUACAGUCAGUAUUAUUCUGAAGGAUGUUAAUGAUUAUGUUCCUACAUUUGAGCUUUCUCCCUAUUCUGUAAAUGUCCCAGAAAACUUGGAAAUGUUGCCGAAGGCCAUUCUUCAGGUUGUAGCAAGAGAUGAUGACCAAGGUCUGAAUAGCAAGUUGACCUAUCUCCUUGUGAGUGGAAAUGAAGAUGGCGUCUUUACACUCUCAGCCACUGGGGAGCUCCGCAUUGUUCAGAGUCUGGACCGAGAAAAAAAAGAACAGUAUGUCAUGUUGAUCACAGCAACAGAUUCAGGAAGUCCUGCCCUUACUGGCACCGGGACUAUUGCUGUCAAAGUAGAUGAUGUCAACGAUAAUGUCCCUAAAUUUGCCUUUAAUAUGUAUUCCAAAACCAUUGCAGAGGAUGCGCCCACAGGGACAGAUGUUUUACUUGUAAAUUCUUCAGAUGCUGAUGCAUCAGUGAAUGCUAUUAUCAGCUACAGCCUUAGUGGUGGAAAUGCUCAGUUCACAAUCAACCCUUCAACUGGUCAAAUAAUCACAAGUGCUUUGCUGGACCGAGAAACUAAGGAGAAUUACACUUUGAUCAUCAUGGCCAAAGAUGGUGGCUCCCCGAGGUCUCUUUCCAGCUCCACAAGUGUUCUUGUCACUCUUGCUGACAUCAAUGAUAACCCUCCCAAAUUUCAACAUCACCCUUAUGUCACUCAUAUUCCGUCACCUACAAGUUCAGGUACAUUUGUAUUUGCAGUCACAGUUACAGAUGCCGAUGCCGGACCUAACUCUGAGCUUCAUUAUUCUCUUUCGGGAAAGAAUUCUGAAAAAUUUCACAUUGAUCCAAAGCGAGGGGCGAUUAUGGCUGCUGACAGACUCUCUGGGACUUCUGAAGUGACCUUCUCUGUUAAUGUGAAAGAUGGAGGCUUACACCCAAAGACAGAUUCUACAACUGUGACUGUAAGAUUUGUGAAAAGAGAAGAUUUUCCUCGGGUUCAAGCCGAACAGCACACUUUCAUGUUUCCUGAAAAUCAAGCAGUUGGCACCUUAGUCACUUCUGUUUCUGGACUGUCAUCCAGAGGUGGUUCUUUGUCGUACUACAUUGCCAGUGGUAAUUUUGGCAACACCUUUCAAAUUGACCAACUAACAGGGCAGUUUUCCAUCAACCAACCUUUGGAUUAUGAAACAAUACAAAAGUAUGUUGUGUGGAUUGAGGCAAGGGAUACGGGCUUUCCCCCAUUUUCUUCCUAUGUAAAGCUAGAAAUUAUGGUGAUAGACAUAAAUGAUAAUGCACCAGUUUUUGAACAAGACCCAUUAAUUGUUGAAGUACUGGAGAACCUUUCACCAAGUAAAAUAAUUACUGUCACUGCUGUGGACAAGGACAGUGGUGCGAAUGGACAGUUAAAUUAUGAAAUAAUCAGUGGCAAUAAGGAGAACAGUUUCAGUAUCCAUCAUGCUAAUGGUGAAAUAAGAAGUGUCAGACCUUUAGACAGAGAGCAUGUGGCCCAAUAUACGCUAACUAUAAAGGCAACAGACAGAGGUACCUCUGUUCAGAGUUCAACUGUCCAAGUAGUUAUUAAUGUUUUAGAUGAAAAUGAUAAUGCACCUAAAUUUUCUCAGAUAUUCAGUGCUCUAGUGCCUGAAAAUGCACCUUUGGGUUACACUGUUACACGAGUCACAACUUCAGAUGAAGACAUUGGCAUGAAUGCUAUCAGCAGAUAUUCAAUAAGGGAUACAAAUAUACCAUUUGUCAUAAAUCCCAAUACAGGAGAUAUAACAAUCAGCAGGCUUCUGAAUCGUGAAGAUACAGAUCGCUACAGAAUCAGAGUUUCAGCACAUGACUCCGGUUGGACAGUAAGCACAGAUGUAACCAUAUUUGUGACAGACGUCAAUGACAAUUCCCCGCGAUUUACAAAGCCAUCAUAUUACUUGGAUUGUCCUGAAUUUAACGAAGUUGGGUCAAAGAUUACCCAGAUAUCUGCAACAGAUCCAGAUGAAGGCUCCAAUGGACAGGUCUUCUAUUUCAUAAAAUCCCAGUCAGAGUUUUUCCGAAUUAAUGCUUCUACAGGGGAGAUUUUUAACAAGCAAUCUUUAAAGUUCCAGAACUCCAGUGGCUCCAAUCUUAACAGACACAGUUUCAUAGUUACCUCCUCAGAUCGAGGCAGCCCUCCUUUGCUGAGUGAAACAACAGUUACAAUCAACAUAGUGGACAGUAAUGACAAUGCACCACAGUUCACAUCUAGCCAAUAUUUUACACCUGUCACUAAAAAUGUAGCUGUUGGUACAAAGCUGAUUAAAGUUACUGCUGUUGAUGCUAAAGAUUUUGGUCUGAAUUCAGAAGUGGAAUACAUCAUUUCAAAUGACAGCCUAACAGAGAAAUUUAAUCUGGACAGUAACACAGGCUGGAUUUCAGUAGCAUCUUCACUAAUGAAUUAUAUGAAUCAAAACUUUCUAAUAAAAGUUAAAGCAAAAGAUAAAGGGAACCCUCCUCUCUCAUCAGAGACAACUGUGCAGAUAAUAGUAACCGAGGAAAAUUAUCAUACACCAGAGUUCUCCCCAAACCAUUCAACCAUAACAGUUCCUGAGAGUCAUGCUGUCGGGGCUAUUCUCAGGACUGUAUCAGCAAGGGACAAAGAUGCCGCUAUGAAUGGUCUAAUCAAAUACAACAUUUCUUCUGGAAACAAGCUUGGAAACUUUGCAAUUAACACAACUACCGGUGCAUUAAGGCUUGCCAAGCCCCUUGAUUAUGAGUUAUGCCAAAAGCACGAGAUGACUGUUAGUGCUGUAGAUGGAGGAUGGGUUGCUAGAACUGGAUACUGCAGCAUCACAGUCAAUGUUAUUGAUGUGAAUGACAAUUCUCCAACUUUCAGCCCAGAAGAUUACUUUCCAAGUGUUUUAGAAAACGCUCCUAGUGGCACAACUGUUAUCCGUCUCAACGCAACUGAUAUUGACUCUGGACCUAAUGCUGUGAUUGCCUAUGCAGUUCAGUCUUCGGACAGUGACCUGUUUGUUAUUGAUCCCAAUACUGGAACUAUCACUACACAAGGUUUUUUGGAUUAUGAAACCAAACAAAGCUAUCACCUCACUAUAAAAGCCUUUAAUGUUCCAGAUGAAGAGAGAUGCAGCUUUGCUAGCGUCAACAUCCAUUUAGAAGGAACAAAUGAGUAUGUGCCACGAUUUGUGUCAAAGCUUUAUUAUUUUGAGGUUUCUGAAGCAGCUUCUAAUGGCACCACUGUAGGAGAAGUGUUUGCAAGCGACCGUGAUAUGGGAACUGAUGGAGAAGUUCACUACCUUAUCUUUGGCAACAGCAGAAAAAAGGGUUUCCAGAUUGACGACAGUAGCGGGCAGAUUUAUGUCACAGGGCUGCUUGACAGGGAAAAGGAAGAAAGAAUCUCUCUGAAGGUACUUGCAAAAAAUGCUGGAAGCAUUCGUGGUGCAGAUAUAGAUGAAGUAGUUGUGAAUAUCACUAUACUAGAUGCCAAUGAUCCCCCUGUUUUCAGUUUGAAAAUGUAUAAUGUACAGAUUAGUGAAGGUGUUCCUCCUGGGACCCACGUCACAUUUGUAAGUGCCUUUGACUCUGACUCUCUCCCUAGCUGGAAUCGAUUCUCCUAUUUUAUUGGCAAUGGGAACUACAAUGGUGCCUUUUCCAUUAACCCCCAGACAGGACAAGUUACAGUGACUGCAGAAUUGGAUCGAGAAAACAUACCAGUGUACAAUUUAACUGUAUUAGCAAUUGACUCAGGAGCACCUUCAGCUACUGGAAGUGCCUCUCUGUUGGUAACUUUAGAAGAUAUCAAUGAUAAUGGACCCACUCUUUCCACCAUGGAAGGAAAAAUCAUGGAAAACAACCGUGCAGGAACACUUGUGAUGACACUUCAAUCAUCAGAUCCUGAUCUUCCUCUGAACCAAGGCCCCUUUUCUUAUUACUUACUUAGCACUGGCACAGCAACCAGUUAUUUUAGUCUCAGCACUGCUGGAGUUUUGACUACAACAAGAGAAAUUGACAGAGAACAGAUCAGUGACUUCUAUUUGUCAGUGGUUACCAGAGACUCAGGCACUCCUCAGAUGUCUUCCACGGGAACUGUGCGUAUAAAAGUAAUAGACCAAAAUGAUAACCCAUCACAGCCUAGAUCAGUAGAAAUAUUUGUCAGUUAUUAUGGCAGCCUGUUCCCUGGUGGAAUAUUGGGCAAUGUAAAACCUCAGGAUCCAGAUGUUUUAGACAGCUUCCAGUGCUCUCUUACUUCAGGAGUGACAACCCUCUUCAAUGUUCCAGCAGGCACCUGUGAUCUUUGUUCUGUGGCAAGGUCCACUGAUGGGACAUUUGAUCUGACAGUCCUAAGCAACGAUGGACUGCACAGCUCAGUUACUAGCAGCGUUCGAGUUUUCUUUUCAGGAUUCAAUAAUGCCACUAUUGAUAACAGCAUCCUUCUUCGUCUUAAUGUACAAUCUCUGAAAGAAUUUCUGACCAAUCAUUACCUCCAUUUUCUGAGAAUUGCUAAUUCCCAGUUAACAGGAUUAGGAACAACUGUGCAACUCUUUGGGGUUUAUGGGAGGAAUAACCGGACGUUCUUGAUGGUGGCUGUGAAGCGGAACAACUAUCAGUAUGUGAAUCCUGGUGGUGUGACUACUUUCUUUGAAAGCAUCAAAGAAAUCCUCUUCCGCCAAAGUGGAGUUCGAAUAGAAUCUGUGGACCAUGAUUCAUGUUUAGAAAAUCCUUGUCGGAAUGGUGGUAGCUGUUUGAGAAAAUUAAGUGUCAGCCCUAAGUUUAUCAGCUAUGAGAGUGUGCCAGUUAUCAUUGUGUCAAACGAGCCACUCCAGCCUUUUACAUGCAGGUGUAUGGCAGGAUAUGACGGAACAUUGUGUGAAGUAGACAUAGAUGAAUGUCUUCCAUCCCCUUGCCACAACGGUGGGACUUGCCAGAACCUGGUGGGAGGAUUCUCUUGCAGUUGUUCCAUUGGUUUCACAGGAAUGGCUUGUGAAAGAGAUAUUAAUGAGUGCCUGUCAAGUCCCUGUAAAAAUGGUGCUCUCUGCCAGAACUUCCCAGGAAACUUCAACUGUGUUUGUAAAACUGGCUAUACAGGGAAAAUGUGUGACUCCACUGUCAAUUACUGUGAAUGCAACCCUUGUUUCAAUGGCGGAACCUGUCAAAAUGGAGUGGAAGGAUAUUACUGCCAUUGUCCAUUUGGUGUUUUUGGAAAGCAUUGUGAAGUAAAUAGCUAUGGAUUUGAAGAACUAUCUUAUAUGGAAUUUCCCAGUAUGGAUCCAAACAACAAUUAUAUUUACAUAAAGUUUGCAACUAUCCAAAGUAAUGCUCUAAUGUUGUAUAACUAUGACAACCAGACUGGAGAUCGAGCAGAAUUCCUAGCCCUGGAAAUAACAGAAGAAAGGCUAAGAUUCUCGUACAACCUUGGCAGUGGCACAUACAAACUUACCACAACAAAGAAAGUGUCUGAUGGGCAGUUUCACACUGUUAUUGCCCGGAGGGCUGGAAUGGCAGCCUCAUUGACUGUGGACUCCUGCUCAGAGGAACUGGAACCAGGCUACUGCACUAUUAGCAAUGUGGCAGUCUCUAGUGAUUGGACAUUAGAUGUACAACCAAACAGAGUCACCAUUGGAGGUGUCAGAUCCAUAGAGCCAAUACUUCAAAGGAAGGGACAGGUGGAAAGUCAUGAUUUUGUCGGUUGCAUAAUGGAGUUUGCAGUCAAUGGACGUCCCUUAGAACCCAGCCAAGCUUUGGCAGCUGAAGGCAUCUUAGAUCAGUGUCCCAGGCUGGAAGGAGCUUGUGCUGUUAACCCGUGCCAACAUGGUGGAACAUGUAUAGAUUACUGGUCUUGGCAGCAAUGCCACUGCAAGGAAGGACUAGCUGGGAAAAACUGUGAGAAAUAUCUUACCGCUGACACAGCCUUGUCAUUAGAAGGCAAAGGUCGUCUUGACUACUACAUGCGCCAAAAUAGAAAAUGGGAAUAUAUGAUGAAACUUAAUAUUGGAGAUGCCAUUUUGGAGCCCCAAAGUAUGAAUAGUAUAGAAGUCAAAUUCAGGACAAGAAGUGAAAAUGGCAUUUUAAUUCAUAUACAGGAAAACAGCAAUUAUACUACCGUGAAGAUAAAAGGUGGCAAAAUGCAUUAUAUUUCUGAUGCUGGAGUUGGUGGGAAGGUAGAGAGAAGCAUCCCUGAAGUUUACGUUUCUGACAGUCACUGGCAUUCUUUCUUCAUUGAAAAGAAUGGGACUUCCACAGUAGUAGCAGUUGACCAGAUCCACAGUCGAGACAUCCUACAUGUCACACAAGAUUUUGGAGGAUUGAAUGUUGUUACAGUUUCUCUCGGUGGGAUUCCACCUAACCAGGCCCUCAGAAGCAGUGAUCUAGGUUUUGAUGGCUGCAUUGCCUACCUGAAGUAUGGUGAAGAAAGUCUUCCUUUCACAGGCAAGCAUAGCCUGGCUACCAUCUCCAGAACAGAUCCAUCUGUGAAGAUUGGCUGCCGAGGACCAAACAUCUGUGCCAGCAACCCCUGUUGGGGGGAAUUAAUGUGCAUUAACCAGUGGUAUACAUAUAAAUGUGUGCCUCCAGGAGCCUGUGCCUCCAACCCUUGUCAGAAUGGCGGCAGCUGUGAACCUGAAGAUAGAGUUGGAUUCACAUGCAGCUGCCCUGAAUUUUACACUGGAAGAACAUGUGAUACAGCAGUGGCCUGUCUUGGUAUUCUUUGUGCCCAGGGACAGGUAUGCAAGGGAGGAAUGAAUGGAGCCCAUAUAUGUGUCCUGCAGCCUUACCCAGCUGAGCUGUCCUUACCACUAUGGGCUGUUCCUGCCAUUGUUGGGAGCUGUGCUACUGUGCUGGCCUUGCUUGUACUUAGCCUGAUCUUGUGCAAUCAGUGCAAGGGAAAGAAAGCAAAAGUGCCAAAAGAGGAGAAGAAAACAAAGAAAAAGAAGGGCAGUGAGAAUGAUGCCUUUGAUGACCCUGAUAAUAUACCUCCUUAUGGUGAUGAUAUGACAAUCAGGAAACAGCCUGAAGGAAACCCUAAGCCUGAUAUAAUUGAAAGAGAAAACCCUUAUCUCAUCUUUGAUGAAACAGACAUACCACAUAAUACAGAGACAAUACCCAGUGCCCCUCUGGCUUCCCCUGAACCAGAGAUAGAACACUAUGACAUUGACAAUGCAAGCAGCAUAGCUCCUUCAGAUGCUGACAUUAUUCAACACUAUAAGCAAUUCCGGAGCCACACUCCCAAAUUCUCAAUUCAGAGGCACAGUCCAUUAGGAUUUGCAAGGCAGUCUCCUAUGCCCCUGGGAGCAAGCAGUUUGACAUAUCAGCCUUCAUACAGUCAAGGCCUAAGGACAACUUCCCUAAGCCAUUCUGCAUGCCCUACACCCAACCAUCUUUCUCGUCACAGUCCAGCUCCAUUUUCCAAAUCAUCAACUUUCUACAGAAACAGUCCAGCAAGGGAAAUGCAUCUUUCAAUGCGUGAAGGGAGCCCUUUGGAAAUGCACAAUGAUGUCUGCCAAACAGGCAUUUUUAACUAUCCUACUAGACUAGGGAGAAGAAGCAAGAGUCCUCAAAUGAUGGCAACUCAUAGUUCCAGGCCAGGAAGUCGCCUAAAGCAACCCAUAGGACAGCUUCCUCUGGAGAGUGGGCCUCCUGUUGGACUUUCCAUUGAAGAGGUGGAGAGGCUGAACACACCACGUCCUAGAAAUCCAAGUAUCUGCAGUGCUGACCAUGGAAGGUCUUCUUCUGAGGAGGACUGCAGAAGGCCACUUUCAAGAACAAGGAAUCCAGCUGAUGGUAUUCCAGCUCCAGAAUCAUCAUCUGACAGUGAUUCCCAUGAUUCUUUUACAUGUUCUGAGAUGGAGUAUGAUAGGGACAAACCUAUGGUGUAUACUUCUAGGAUGCCUAAAUUAUCGCAAGUUAAUGAAUCAGAUGCAGAUGAUGAAGACAAUUUUGGUGCUAGGCUCAAGCCUAGGAGAUACCCUGGCCGCAGAGGAGAGGGUGGCGGGCCUGUAGGUGCACAAGCAUCUGCACCUAGUACUAAUGACAAUACAUCACCUUUAAAACUCGGGCAACAAGGAGGCAACUUCAACUGGGACCAUCUUUUGAACUGGGGCCCAGGAUUUGGGCAUUACGUGGAUGUUUUUAAAGAUUUAGCAUCUCUUCCAGAAAAGACAGGAGUAAAUGUAAAUGAAGAGAGCAAAAGUGGUACAACACAACCAAAAGAAGGGGAAGCGGAACAGUAUGUAUAGGCAUUCACACUGACAUUUUGAAAAAGCACAUAACACUCAAGCCAUUCUAUCGUUGUAGAUAAGAAAAGGGCACACUUUUUUUAACCCAGGGUCAGUGGUUAGAAGGAUGCAUUAAAAAAUAAUCACCAUUAUGCUGCUGAAAUGGACAAAUAUUUUUUUGUUAAUUUUAUUGGGAUCAGUUGGAUUUGUUUCUCCUGCAUGUGUUAUUAUUUCCAAACAAAUUAUUUGGCAUGCAGCAUUUGGAA